CGGGCCCGGCCGAGGCUCGCUCCGAGGAUGGCGAGGCAGCGGGCGCUGAGGCGCUGCCUGCAGCUGCUGGCGCCCGCGCAGGAGCCGGCGCGACGGAGCCCGGGGCGGAGGCACCCGGGCACCUGCCGCCGCGGCCACUCCCUCGGCGCCGGGGCGCUGUGGCUGCGGCCGGAGGAGCCGCCGGGGCCGCGUCCCGCAGGCCCUCCCGGCGCUCGUUCUCCAAAGGACAUGGAUGAAAAUGAAAGCAGCCAGUCCCUGAUGACAGGCAGCCAAUAUCCUAAAGAAGUAGUAAGAAAACGCCAAAAUUCUGCACGGGAUUCUGGAGGAAGUACUUCUUCUAGGUUUUCCAGGAAGAGUUUCAAACUGGAUUACAGACUAGAGGAAGAUGUAACGAAAUCAGAGAGAGGGAAGGAUGGGAGAUUUGUUAAUCCUUGGCCAACAUGGAAAAGUAUCUCUAUCCCAAGUAUUCUCAGAUGGCUGAUAAUGGAAAAGGAUCACAGCAGCAUUCCGAAUUCCAAAGAGGAACUUGAUAAAGAACUCCCUGUGCUGAAGCCAUACUUUGUCAAUGACCCGGAAGCAGCGGGAGCCAGCGGGGCCGGCCUGAGAGUCACGUGGCUGGGACAUGCCACGGUCAUGGUGGAGAUGGACGAGCUCACCUUUCUCACAGACCCCAUGUUUAGCUCUCGUGCCUCACCGUCGCAGCACAUGGGCCCAAAGCGUUUUCGGCACGCACCGUGCUCGGUCAGCGAACUGCCCCACAUCGACGCCGUCCUCAUCAGCCACAACCACUACGACCACCUGGACUACGGCUCCGUCCUCUCUCUGAAUGAGCGAUUCGGCAAUGACUUGAGGUGGUUCGUGCCACUGGGUCUCCUCGACUGGAUGCAGAAAUGUGGCUGUGAGAACGUGAUCGAGCUGGACUGGUGGGAGGAGAACUGUGUCCCCGGACAUGACAAGGUCACCUUUGUCCUGACACCUUCCCAGCACUGGUGUAAGAGGACUCUGUUGGAUGACAACAAGGCUCUGUGGGGCAGCUGGUCUGUGUUGGGCCCUUGGAAUCGGUUCUUUUUCGCAGGAGACACUGGUUAUUGCUCUGCUUUUGAAGAGAUAGGAAGGAGAUUUGGACCUUUCGACCUUGCCGCUAUUCCCAUCGGAGCAUAUGCACCAAGGUGGUUUAUGAAAUACCAGCAUGUGGACCCAGAAGAAGCUGUAAGGAUACACAUUGAUGUUCAAGCAAAGAAAUCUGUGGCCAUUCACUGGGGAACUUUUGCCUUAGCAAAUGAGCAUUACUUAGAGCCUCCUGUGAAACUGAAUGAGGCUCUAGAAAGGUACGGACUUAAGAAUGAAGACUUUUUUGUCUUGAAGCAUGGGGAAUCAAGAUACCUACGUAACAACGAAGAAAGCAUUGAAUAAAUAUGAGCACACGAGCUGUUAAUGGAAUAAAUUUGAUAUAAAUUUGAAAGACUACAAAAUUCAUGAUUUUGAUUUUUCAUAUUUGGAAACUUCCUUUACAUCUGCAAGUUUCUGUUUUAUGUUUUAUGUAAUAACUGCACUAAUAGGACGCCAGUUCAUAUAAACGAAGAGUUCAGGUAUGGUUAAGUAAUGAAUUGGCUAAAACUGAUUUUUUUAAAGACUCAUUUCUGCUCUGUUCUUAAGGGUCUUCUGCAAGGUUAGUCCAGCCUGCUCACAUAAACAUAUUUCUUACUUUCACACUAGAGUAAUGAUAAAGUUGACUCCUACAUGCUUAUAGCACUUCUUACUGAGUAGCUUACAUGCCAAAUAUUAAGUGAUAUAUUUUUUAAGCAUAAAAACAUAAAAGUUAGGCUAAGCUACAUUUGUAAAGACAAAUUUUUAAAAAGAAAGGAACAGUAUAUUUCUAUUGCAUGCCUACAGUCCCUAAAUCAAAAACCCUGACAGAAUAAGGGAGUAUGGUUAUGAGAAUGUGACUUAUGACAUUUUCUAUUUUUAAUCUAAAUGUCAGACCUGCUAAAUACAAAUAUAGCUGCAAGGAAAUAUUUUACAAAGAUUAAAUGUAGAUCUUAAGUGUUAAUAUACCAUGCACUUUGAAUUAAAUUUUAUUUUCUCUGUAUACUCAUAUUUUUCUGGUUUCUUAGCUCUAACUCAAUAUAUCAAUAAGAUUUAUAUUUUAUGUUUGACAUUACUCAGAUGUCAUAUUUUUAUAUUAAAUGAUUCCCUCAGCAUGAUUCUACUUUUAGUAAACCAUUGUAGAAUACUAAUAUUUUGUGUGUGUGUGUGUGUGUGUGUGAGAGAGAGAGAGAGAAGAAUCAGCUGACCUGAGUGAGCUGAUUUGGAGGUUCAUUCUGUCUUAUUCAUAGUCUCAGUGAAAUGAGCUUUAUUAAUAAUCAUCAAAGUAGGUUUUUUACACCAAAUGCUUUUUACACCAGGUGGUGCUGUAGCUCAUCUAUAUGCAUGCUAGUUAGCCACUUAAUUUCACAAGGACUUUUCUGUUACUGAAACAAGUCACCUAUGCUCACUGUGCCUCAGUUUCCUCAUGUGUAACAAGAAGAGAAUUUUGAGCUACCUCCAAAAACUAUGAAUAAAUAAUUGAUUUU